AUGCUGACACAGUACGACCAGGAGAAGCUCGAUCACACUCCCUGGGUGGAAAAGUACCGGCCCAAGAAAUUGGACGAUGUGUCUUCUCAAGAACACGCCGUCAAGGUGCUCAAAAAGACUUUGGAGCUGGCCAAUUUACCACAUAUGCUUUUCUAUGGUCCACCAGGAACAGGAAAAACCUCCACGGUCUUGGCUCUUGCCAAACAAUUGUAUGGACCUCGAUUGUAUAAGCUGAGAGUGUUGGAGCUCAAUGCCUCGGACGAAAGAGGUAUUUCCAUUGUGAGACAGAAAAUCAAGAACUUUGCCAGACUCACGGUAUCCAAUCCAACGCCCGAGGACUUGAGAGAUUAUCCAUGUCCUCCUUACAAAAUCAUUGUGUUAGAUGAGGCUGAUUCCAUGACGAAUGAUGCACAGUCUGCGUUGAGAAGAACUAUGGAGAACUACUCCGGAGUUACAAGAUUCUGCUUGAUCUGUAACUACAUCACGCGUAUCAUUGAUCCGUUGGCACUGAGAUGCUCGAAAUUCCGUUUCCGUCCGCUUGACAAUGAGAACGCUUUAUCGCGGUUACAAUAUGUUGUUGAACAGGAAAAAGUCAACUUGGAUCUGGAGAAGGUUUUGCAUGAGAUUCUUAAGGUUUCUGGUGGUGAUUUGCGUAAAGCCAUCACUUACUUGCAAUCUGCUACACGUUUGAAUUCCGUUCUAGAAGACGGUGGUAUCACUGUGACCACUAUUCGAGAAAUCGCCGGAGUAGUGGAUAAAGAGCUUAUGGAUUCGAUUGUAACCACGAUUCGGACGAAAAACACCGAGAAAAUCGCCAAAAAAGUUCACGAGGUAGUACUCCAAGGAUGGAGUGCCCAGCAGGUUUCGGACCAAUUGCACGAUAUCUUCAUUCUUGACGAUAGUUUGACUUCCCCUGAGAAGAAUGCCAUGGCUCAGCUUUUCUUCGAAACUGACCGCAAACUUAACAACGGAACGGACGAGCAUAUCCAGCUUUUAAACUUGAGUUUUCAGCUUUCGAAUGCUCUAGCCUAG